UCUCCAUUUCAAAUGAACUGGAGAGGAUCCGAUUCGUUUCUAGAGAGGCAGUUAGAGUGAGAGAGAGAGAGAGAGGUAGAAAUGUACUUGAAGAAGGCGCUGUGGGCGGAGGGAGUGGCAGCGGCGAAGGCGUCGCCGGAGUCCGAGACAGAGCAGGCUCCGGCGGCUACGGCGGUGCAGGAGCUGGUGAACUCGCUGAACCGGCAGAGAGUGUACAGGGAGGUGACGCUUGCGCUGAAAACGGGGCUCCGAGACGCCCGCGCCGAGUUCUCGUUCCUGCGCGUGCGCGGCCUCCGCAGCCUCCUCAAGUUCCUCCGAUCCAUCGCCGAGUCCGACUCCACCAUCCAGCUCUUCUGCCAGACCCAGUCCCUCCCUGAGCUCCAAGUGGUUCCGGCACUGUUUCAACAUUCACUGAAAGAACCAGAGGAUGAGAGUGUAGAGAAUUUGGAUCAUAUAUUUGGCGUAGAGCCUUUGAAGAUAACAAGCCCCUCAACCGAUGCCGAAGUCGCGCUUGCGCUUCGUGUCUUGGAAGGUUGCUGUCUGCUCCAUAGAGAAAGCACAGCUUUGGCCCAUCACCAUAAGGCAAUUCCGGUUUUAAUGGAAAUAUUAUCCACUCGUGGAGUACUCGAGCAAGGCGCAUGCUUAGAUGCUUUAGUCUCGAUAAUGUUGGAUUCGUCAGCCAAUCAAAUGGAUUUUGAAGCAUGUAAUGGUAUUGAGGAAGUUGCAGAGAUCAUAAGAAACAAACAAGGGGAUGAGAAUCUCAGGUUGAAAUGUGGUGAAUUCUUGUUGCUACUCAUAGGGCAUGUGAAUGGGAGAGAAAGGCCUCCCUUGGCAGCCAUACACGAGGACGUAAGACGACUUCUUGGAGAGAAAUCUGCCUCCUUGAUAUGGGCAGCCAGUCAAUUUGGCUCAACACUUGAUCCCAAGGAAAGACUGACGGCGUUGCACAUCCAGGCUCGUAGGGUGCUCGAGUCACUCGACCUUUACUGAAUCUUAACAUAGGAAUUUUGCUCUUUCGACAAUGUUCAGUAUUCCUAGUGGCAUGUCCAUCUGUUGUCUAGAAGAUACAAAUAGAAAAGGCCCCAUUCUUAGCCAUUUUUCUUUUCCUCUCUAUCUGUAACUUGUUUUGAUUCUGGGUUAAAAGGCUAAUCAAGGAAGAAUGUUUCACAAAGUUAUCUUUAGAAACUCUACCUUUAUAUUAUGUACAAUACAACAAGCAGCUCCAAUGUCUUCUUA